AUGAAGGCACUACUGUUCGGUAUAGGCGUCCUGGCGCCUGUCAUGGCCUUGUGCUUCGCGUCGGCAACGAAGCUAGAACCAGAGGUUGGAGAAAACCCCAACCGUUUCCAGAGGACUCCUGCAGCCCCACGAGGCUUUCGUGACGUAGUUAAUGCGAAACACAAAAAUUUGCCUGAAGCUCAGCAAGCGAUUCUGGAUACGCUGGGGAUUAACCGCAAAGCCGAGACUGCAGACAAAAAGGCCGCUGGCAAGGGUGGUGUUCAUGAGCUCGAGUCUCAGGUUCGCGACACGCUAAAUGGAAUUCAAGAGGGAAACAAACUGUACCUUUAUAAUGUGAAAGAUCCUAUUACAGGUAAAGCCAUUGUGGACAAAUGUGAGGUGGGCAAUAUUCAUUUCCUAGGAGCUGGAGGCACGGCAGUGGUUGUUCAAAUAAGUAUUGAAAGCGAAACAGCACGAUACCAUCUCGGCAGUGAUACUUUUGCAAUGAAACUGUUGUACAGUAAGUUACCAAGCGGGGAACCUUCGCCUAAUUGGAUCAACUUCGUUUUAGGGGAUAUGGCAGAUAUGAUUGAUGGGGAAAUUGCUCCACUCAGAGAGUCCGCCAACGCUUCUCGUAAAGCGGGCAGGCACAAUACAGCAAAAAGCAUCGCCAAAGAUAACGGUUGGGCACUGCCGGCAUUUGAGGCUACGGUAGGCACAGCUGAACUGACAUUUUUUCUGAAAGGCGGAGUUGGUUUUUUUAACCGCGCUAUUCUUGCAGAACCCAUGUUGGGCGACGGAGCUCAGCUGCUUUUUGAAAGCGCUUCAGGUAGAAAUGUCAGCCGCCUUCCCGUGAAAGCAAGAGAGUACUUCUGUCAGCAGCUAAUUACAACGACAGCGAAGCUUCAUGCCGCAAAUCUAGUGCAUCAGGAUAUUAAACCAGAAAACGUAUUGAUUGGGAAGGAUGGUUUAGUUAAUCUCGCUGAUUUCGGCAUGCUUGGUAAGGUGGGCGACAGGCGGAGAUGUGCCGAAAGGAUCACAUACCUCUUUAUGGAUCCAACACAUGCACGGUGCACAUUGCGUGACUCUUUUUCUUUCUUAACGGAGAAGUACGAUGCUUGGAGUGUUGGUAUGACAUGCUAUAUCAUCAUGACAAACGGCGAUCUCCCCUACCACAUUUUUAUUGGGGACGGCGCUGCAGAGCACCUUGCGAGUCUCGAUAAAACUAUUUCCUACCGUUCCCGUACCAUGGAGUCACCAGCGAAGAAGCUGAAAGCGGUGGGAAUUUCCGAUGGCUGGGCAGAUACUGUUACCAGCUUGCUGGACCGAGACAGGAACCACCGACCAACCCUACGCCAGGUGCUCUCCACGCUUCCAGAAUGA